AUGGAGGUCCACCCAAGAAUGUCCUAUUACAAUGAUACACAAGAUGGAACAGCCGUAGUAAUAAAAACCUUGGAAUCUACUGAUCACUUUACUCCACUGCAUAUCCCUCCAGGCCCACCUAUGUUCCCAGAAAGAUAUGAAGAACUAAGGAAAACAUUUCAGCUGUGCAAACCAGUCUUUAAAGCAGGCCAAGAACCUGGAGGGAGUGAACCUAUGCUGCCCGAAUCUCACAGAAUCUAUGAGCCACCUUACACAUUUACUCAUGGACCCUGCUAUGAUGAGGACCCCAAAAAUGUUCCACUAAGAUGUGCAAGUUAUCUAAAAUAUAAGACACCAGGGAGUCUACUCAUUGAGGGCCGAUAUCGUCCUUUUCAUCCUUAUGUCCAUGGCAACAUGAAUAUCCAAGUUGGCCCUGAGAGAAAGGAAGAUGCCUAUGAAUCUAUCAAUAUAGAAGCUAUGGCACGUCAUGCCAGCCUUGACAGGAAGCAGCCUGACAGUGGGGCAGAACAUAUUGCCCUUGCCACGCAAAGCUCAGCAUUAAACCAGACUUCUUCCACUGCAUACACUUCUAGUAUUCAACUUGGCACACUCAAGUUCACUGAAGGAAAUGGUCAGCGAAAUGAAGCUCCUAAAUCAACUUUCCAACCUCCAGCACUUGAUAUUUCAUCUCGAGCUGCCAAUAUGCUAGAAAAUGUAAAGAAGGCUCUUUGGCUGUCUACUUACAAGCGAGACUACACAGGCAGAGGGCCUAUGAACCCAUUGCAGCUGGAUGACUAUAAUGCCAAGUUAAUUGGCAGAGCAACUGGAGAACUGGGCAAAGAUGUGGAGCUUAAAGAAUCCUUUCAUUCAACAAUGUCUCAAAUAAGGCCCUUAGAAGGACGCGUUGCCCGUUUCCUUCAAGGCAGACCACAGAUCGCACAUCCUGAACAUCAGGAUUCUACAGAGAACUACGAGCCGCCACUUCAUUGGAGAGACCAUUCCAGGUAUUCAGAGGGAGUGCAAAAGGGUGGGAAAGCAUCACUGAGUCCUGAUCAGCAGGAUACGCAAAACAAAGCAAGUCAAAGGAACAAAUGCUUGCUCUACAAUUGGAUUCAGCCUGAAACAGCUUACCAGGAAGAAAACAGUGAAGAUAAGAAAGUGCCCUGGAACAGAUUUCGGAAAAUUACAGAUACCUAUAAAACAGACCAAUUGUACCAAAGGCAACUUGCAGUACCACCUGAGCCACAGCCUCUUCUAAAGGCUGCAGAAUCCAUUUACUAUGAAGAUUUGCCACCCUCCCGUUUAAAGAGAUAUAUAGUGUGGCACAAUCCUAUCAUCCUUAGUAAACCAACCUCGACACACCUAAAGUUUGAAAGGUGUGCUAGCAAACCAGAUCUCCAGUGUGCUGCUAUUCCCAAAGAGAUUGUAACAAGCUGCACUCCAUCAUGGAUUCCUAAUUGUGGGAUGGCUAGGCCUCAGACAAAAUUACUUGAUAUCCAGGAUUCCUUUACAAAGGGAGAUGCCAUCAAGUACUUGAAUGAUCUUACAAGGCGGGCACUGAGAGACUUGAGGGAUCAUGACAGGGAAGGCAGGAAGCAUAAAUUCCGGGGCAUUCAUGCUUUUUUUUUAUAA